UACAUGCCCAUACAGAAAUGUUUACAUGACCUCAGGAGUCGUAACACUACAUCACAGACAGACAGAAAUAGAAGCAGUCUGUUUUGUUGAGGAUGUUCAGGAGUCUCACAGCCUGAGGACAGAAGCUACGUCAGCUGUUAUUUGGUUCUUUUAGUCUUUUCAGUAUUCUUUGAGCUCUGAGCAGACACCUCACCUCUUUUUUUUUUUAAAGGUUGUGAUGUCGGCGCUCUUUUCCUCCCCGCUGCUCAGAUCCUGCGCUCGCAGUCUCGGGUCUGUUAAUGGAUUCAAACACGGCAAGAUCGGGAAAUUAUGCAGCGCAAGUUCCCUGCAGUGGUUUCGGUCGCUCCACGUGGACAGUCCUCCUCACAUCCCCACUCUGACCAACAGCUACGUCCACGGCACCUCCUCCGUCUCUCUGCUCCACCUGACCGUCAGCCAGUGUCUGGACUCUGCAGUCGAGCGGUGGCCCGACCGUGAGGCUGUGGUCUUCGUUCAGGACGGCAUCCGGAAAACAUUUGCACAGUUUCAGCAAGAUGUUGAUAAAGCUGCUGCAGGUCUGCUGGCUUUGGGCCUGAAGCGCGGCGACCGACUGGGAGUUUGGGGUCCGAACACAUACGAGUGGAUCCUCUUCCAGUUUGCUUCAGCCAAGGCUGGAAUUAUCCUGGUGUCACUGAACCCGGCCUAUCAGGCAAAGGAGAUAGACUUUACUCUAAAGAAGGUCCAGUGUAAAGCCGUCGUCUGCCCUAGCCAAUUUAAAACACAACAUUUCUGUGAGAUGCUGAGACAGAUCUGCCCCGAGAUCGACUCGACUCAAGCGGGCAUGAUCAAAAGCUCCAGGUUGCCAGACUUGCGUAUGGUGAUCGUGACGGACAGCAGGCAGCCGGGGAUGUUCCACGUGGACGAUGUGAUGCAGGCAGCGGGGAGUCAGCACCACAAAGAGCUGAUGGAUCUGCAGAGCAGGCUGUCCUUCGAUGACCCCAUCAACAUUCAGUUCACAUCAGGGACGACAGGGAAUCCAAAGGGAGCGACUCUUUCUCACCACAACAUUGUGAAUAACGCUUACUUUGUGGGUCUCCGAGUGGGUUUCGAAUGGAGACCUCAGGUGCGGAUAUGCGUGCAAGUACCGCUGUACCACUGCUUCGGCUCAGUGCUGGCCGGGAUGUGCAUGGCGGUGAACGGCGUCACGCUGGUGUUCCCCGCUGCCGGCUACGACAGCAAGGCCAACCUGCGGGCCAUCCAGGACGAAAAGUGCAACGUCCUUUAUGGCACUCCCACGAUGUUCACCGACAUGAUUAACCAAGACAUACACAAGUACGAUUUGUCGUCAGUUGAGGCUGGCCUCAUGGGAGGUGCGCCGUGUCCUCCGGAGAUUUUGAGAAAGCUGAAAACAGACAUGAACAUGAAGGAGAUAGUGGUAGUUUAUGGAACCACUGAGAACAGCCCUGUUACAUUUAUUGGAUUUCCACUCGACAACGAGGAUCUGAAGCUGAAUACUGUCGGAUGCAUCAUGAGCCACACUGAGGCUAAAGUGGUGGACCCUGCUGGGCAGAUCGUCCCUCUGGGGACCCCAGGAGAGCUGCUGAUCAGAGGCAGCUGUGUGAUGCACGGAUACUGGGAGGAUCCUGAGAAAACCAGGGAGGCUAUCUGUCCGGCCCGCUGGUACAGGACAGGUGACACGGCCACUCUGAACGGUCUGGGUUACUGCCGCAUUGAAGGACGGCUGAAGGACAUGAUCAUCCGAGGAGGCGAGAACAUCUACCCCGCCGAGGUCGAGCAGUUCCUGUUCACACAUCCCAAAGUGCUGGAGGUGCAGGUGGUCGGAGUGAAGGAUGAGCGGCUGGGCGAGCAGGUGUGUGCCUGCAUCAGGCUGAAGGAGGGUCAGACCUCCAGUCCAGAGGAGAUACGAGCCUUCUGCAAAGGCCAGAUUUCUCACUUCAAGAUCCCACACUACGUGUUCUUCGUAGACAGCUACCCUCUAACAGCCUCCGGAAAGAUCAAGAAGAUGACACUGAAGGAGAAUGUGGAGAAGAAAUUAGGUCUUUAACUUUGUGAUGGACUUUAACUGAACCUGCAGCUGCUUCCAUGAGAUACUGUAAGAUGACCGAUCAGCUGUUAUUUUUAAAAAAAUUUCUUGUCAACCUUUACCUCACGUGACAUGACAUAUGGAAGCAUAUUGCUGCCAUACCAGGAAAAGCAAAACAGAUGAGUAUCAAGUUGUGAAGUUAACAUUAUAUUGUUAGAUAUUUUCAUCUUUGACAGGAUAUUUUUAUAUUUAUAUUUAAUAACAAAUUACAAACUUGUCAAGUUCUAACAAAUUGAUAUAACAAAAUGUUUUCAGAUUAUAAUGUUACGUGUGCAAAAAACAUUUUCAUGUCAAGUGAAGUGAAAAAGUGAAAACAACUUGCCAAUUUCUUUGAGGUUUUUUUCCCACAUCUUAUACUGAGUGAUUUUCUUUUUCUGUAUUUUCACAGAUGAAAUAAAAAGAGAUCCCGGCAAAAACUUUUUUUUUCGAGUAAUAAUCACUGGAGAGAAAACUGUUUUGAUCAGAGACAGAAAAUGAAUUACCAGAAUAAGAAAAUCAAUCCUCAGGGCUUCCGUAGGAUAUUGGUCUGUUCACAGCGUGAUAUGUUUGUGUUUUAUAAUAACAUGAAACAUUUUUCUAUAACAAUAAACGCUUUAGAUUAUAACGUGAUACUGAUCUGUUUGUGUUUUUUUGGCUGAGGCAUCAAUAUGCUGCUAAUAAAAGUACUCGGAGUAAAAAUCA